CUCAUAUUAGAUACUGUUCCUAAAUAGUAAGGAAAUCUUCAGAGUCUCUAAUGCUACAGUCCUUGGUCUUGCUUAAUCUCUUAAGUCCUACGUCAUCUCUCUAUUCCAGAUCAGGGCGGGAUUUAGUUACAUUCUCUACUGACCUCGAGUCAAAAUUUUCCAAUGAUUCUUGACCCUGUUUAGAAGUGUUGGGUACUACUCCCUACCUUACAUAUUUUGCCGAUAGACAAAUUGUGUAAGCAACAACAACAGUAUUGAAAACCUUCAGGCAAAUUUACUCAUUUAUUUCUAAUGGAUCAAUUGUAUUGUUUUUCAAUGAAAGCCUUAAAAUGACCAGUUGCAGAUAGACUUUGAUAUCACUAUCUUACUGCUAAAGGUCUAGUUUUGAUGUCAAAUCAAAAUUCUCUUUAAUUACAUUUUGAUCAUUUCCAGACAAUAAGACAUUUUUAUGUCUUUUCUAGUUUUCCAGUAAUAUCAUUUAGAUUUUCUGCGAUAACACAAGAAUGUAAAAAAAAAAUACAGUGAUAGCAUCAGCUAUCUAGAUCAGUCUGGUAUGUAGCCAAAUCCGACAAUAAACGUCCAGUGGAGAUACUGCAAAGACAGCUGUGCCAUGUGACCUCCACCUGGCCCUAUUGUGUAAUGUGACAGGUGAGCUCCACCUGGCCCUAUUGUGUGAUAAUACAAUACAGCACCAGUACUGAUUACACUAGCUUUAUAAAUCGUAUACAACUAUUUCAAAUAAGGUUGCACUGGGGAAUCCAUGUGUCGUGACCCGCAGUACUUCAUGGGUAUUAAAAAAUAGUUCAAGCCGAAUCUGAUUGGUCAAAGUUGUUCAGCAUGGCCCGCUUUCUGUGUCCUCACUAAGCAAUAAGCGUAAAUAAAAAAAACACAGGUUUAGAAAGCUUUAGCAAUCUUGUUUAUGUACCUCUAAAUGUCCACAAGGCGUUCAGUGACCAUAAUUUAGCCAUAUAUACGUUACCCAUGAACCAAGCGGGCUAUGAUACAUUGAUUCACGGGUGCAACGUUAUUUGAAAUAGGUUUAUAUGAAUCGGGUGUUAAAUGAAAGUUUUUUGUGACACAUUCCUAGUCACAUUUCAAGGAAAUUGUUCUAACUAAACUCAAGAAAACCCUAGAUGCACGUGAUGCGAGAGAGAUAAUUCCUUUAAUGUAACAUAGUUCUUCUACACUAUUUUUGCACAGAAAACCACUGGCCCCAAGGGGAAAUGCUUUCUAAUUUCCGGCAGCAAAAGAGUAAAUGGAUUUUGCAUUUGAGCGAGUUUUUUUUUUUUGUACCAUAAUUUUCCGGGCGCUGCGUGUGAUUUGAAUAGUUCAAUAGGCAAAGAAGCGAGAGCACUACUUAUUUGAAGGUCAGCAAGUUUGACAGGUUUUUUUUAAUUAAGCCGCAUCGAUUUACAUAUACACAAUUGGCUGCGUAUUCGGCAAUGUGUCGUUAUCACUAAUGUAUGCGUAGUAGAGCCGGUGACCUUGUUUGCGCAGAUGAAGUCAUACCCUAAAAAUAGAACCUUGAAUGAGAUAAAAGCGAGCCGUUGCGUGUUUGUGUGCGUAGAAUAUGCCGGCUCCUAUUCCAUACGCAUCGCUAGAAUCACAGCAUCGCCCAUCGCUUUCUAAAUGCUCUGUUUCACAAACACAAUCGUCGUAUGUUAUGCAACAGUUCCCAUAUGGCGACCAACAGCAGUACAACGCCCAGUUGUACUCCAACAGCCAAGGCCUACCUCAGCAGACUAACCAUCCCUCCUAUCGGCACAACACAGAACAACCCGGCUAUGCACAGCUCUAUCAUUCACAAAGAUCCAUCUUGGGACGGUCCGUAGGAUAUCCGCGAACAUACUUCAGCACAGGAUCAGAUGCAUCUGGGACAUCCACCCCUGUUUACACCAAUAUACAACCAGCUGUACCGUUUGGAUAUCCUAGGAGUACUUCACAGCAGCCUCCCCAGCAAGUAGUUAAUCCGUACAUAUACCAGUCAUCUCCAUCGCACACUUCAGUGAGAUUCCAAUCUCUGGCUGGGCCCGGUGCACAAAGCUAUGUUCAACAGGGACAACAGAGUUUAAGUCAUCAGGAAAACCACAAUAAUGCGAGAACCCAGUCAUCACCUAAUCAAGACAUCGAACUCCAGAAGGAAGCCAAUGCCAAACGCACGGCGGAUAGCAUAGCCCAGAUGAGGCAGAAUCUUCUACUAGAGAUCAUAGCACAGACAGAGAAAGAGAGUAUGCGUCCCGCUAAACGAGCUCUGAAUGCUCAAACGGGCGUCGGCUUCGACUGGGGAGAGAACUUUCCUAGAAUAGGAGAAGUACAAUCAAUGUGCGACAGGCGACAGAACACUCCUCCGUUAAACAGUCCAGAUAUUGUUGCCGAUUUGAAUAUCAGCGAGAGCUCUUCGCGGACUGCAUCGCCUCACAGGAUCAGCUCCCAAAAGACCAGCCUCCCUCUAACAAAAAUCGCCGAGGUGAUUGUUGCUGGGAAGUUGGAUCCUAUCCUUGCGAGGUUGAUUGGCGAACAUUCUGCAUCUCCAAACACUCCCAUGUCUCAGUCAGCUCUACAAGCCAUCACUUUGUCACCAGUCACAAAUACAAGCCUCAGCACAGUGAAUGCGGCGCCUAGUGCCCCAGUGACUACGCAGGGGAAUGUUAUCGCUGCUAAUCAAAACACAAGCAUUUUCCCUGGACAAAACGUACAUUUCGGGAUUUCGUCGUCUGUUCAUAAACUAGCAAGCGAAAUAACCGCUGGCCACUUCAACCCUUAUUUUCAGAGAAUUCAAAACCAAAUGAACGCAAAUGUGACGCCUGUUCAAGCAACAUCCGCCACACCUCAAUACGACAGUGCCCAGCAUCAAAUUGUUAACCCUGUCGCAGAGUCUCCAAUUGUACCCUCUCUACUUAAUCAAUCCGCUCCGCCAAACCAAUCAUCAUCAAGCAUGCCCACAGUCAGUCAGUCUGUAGCUGUUCGUCAACCAGGAAUUAGUAGAGAGCCUGCAUCAACACAGGUAGUCAGUGAAGUUGUAGCCCCACCCUUGCCAGUGAUCAGCUGCUGCCUUAGCCUUGCAGUUCCUGAUCGAGUUACUGCCUCCUCUGGGUCAACAAGUCUCCAGAAGUCUGCUGAACAACCUCAGAUGCAGAGAGGGCCCUCCCUAGGUAAUUACGUCACGAUUGGGAAACGCAUCGACUAUGUGAAUGAUGAGGAUGGAAAGAAAGAUGGUGAGAAAGAAACGGAGACAAACGGAGACGAUGACGUUGUGAUAACCUUGGUAACAACUAAAGAUGCGAUGCGUGGUCCAGUUGAAGUAAUUGACGUAGAGGACUUCAUCCCUUCCACUGGAAUAAAGAUAAAGGAAGAGCCGGAAGACCACCCUACAGUCAUUGCCAGUACACAGAAUGGCACUACCCCAACAGCGGCGAAUAAUACCCCACCUGUUGAGAGUGGCAGUACCAGUACCCAAUCUUUAUCACAGGAGUCAAGCACAAGAAUCAACUCAGUCUCUGGUAGCCCUCCUAUGGAAAGUGGCUACAUGCAGUCCAGUCCAAGCAACAACACUCUUUCUGGUAUCCCAGAUGCGGAUAAUGGCAGAACCCGAUCAGCAUCACAGAACUCCAGCUCCAAUAUCGACCUCCUCUCCCAGGUUGUGAGUAAUUUGACUACCACGUUCUAUCUUCACUCGCUCCAGCGUGCAGCAUCCUUAACUGAUUCUGAAUCUUCUAACGACGAAGGUAUGUCAACUCCAGUAGAGGACCAAGUUGAACAAGCUCAAAUAACUCCGACCCCCUCUUACAUUGUUAAAGAUCUAAAGGUUAUUGCAAGCGAAGCCCUUAGAAAAAUGGCAAGGCCUGCAGAUGACCAAGAUAUAUUUGAUCAACAAGGAAUGUUUUUAGUUGCUAAGCCAGUCCCUAAUGAGGCGAUUCCGUCUCCCGUGCAAGAGGCUCCUUCAGCAGAGAAAUCCGAUUCUGAAAGCUGUGAUUAUACAUCUUCGUCAGACGCCCAUGUAGUCCAUGUACCAGAUAAAAGCGCCCAGCCGUCGAAAACUUCAAAGAAAUCCGGAGCCGAUUUGGUUAAAAGCCUUAUCAAAACACGGGAAAAAAUACGAAACGAAACAAUUGACUUUAAGAGGGUAUUUCUACAGAGACUUGAAAAGAAGUUUGAGAAAUGCUUACGAAAAGUCAAGAGUUUUGAGGAGUACUCCUCAGAUUAUGUCGAUCAAUUGUUGUUGGAAUCUACCUACUUACGAGCGAAGGACGCCUCGAUGGAGUCACGUGAUUCGCAGGUGCAAGAUUCGGGAAGAGCUUCGGUCUGUGAGUCAGAGGAGUCUACGUUAGAGCAGCCUCAUAUUUCAGUAUCCAAACGACAAAGUGUCUCCGACAGCAAUGCAAACAGUGAGGCAGACUAUGAGGUCGUUCCAAAUAACCCUAAAGCUAAACAGGAAACUCAUAAUAAUGAAUGUCUAGUUUCACAUAAUUGCAAUGCAGUUCCUUUAGAUGAUGAAUCACAGAACGUUGAAUACAGCAAGGAAGAAUCAAGUCCUGUAGCGUCGGUGGAACCCCAGCACGAAGAAGAUGAGGUUUUCAUAGAGCCUGCAGAUCUUUCAAUGGAAGCGCCCAGUCCAGUUUUUCAAUCGCCAAUGUCCAGGCUUUUCUCGGAGGAGCCGGAACCGGGUUCGGAGUAUGAAAAACAAGUACAGAAAGAAACUUACUACUCUAUUAACUUAAGAAACGAGGCGGACGACUGUUUGAAGCCAUUAAAGAGUUAUACAGCAGUUGAGAGCAGGGGUCAGAUCGUGCAUCCGGAUUCCAAUGAUGAAAAGGAAAAGGACCUCGCAGAACUUAUGAAGUCAGGAGUAGCGACAGGAGAAAAAGAAAGUGAUGGAAAGGAACAGAGCGGAAUGCGUGCGAGCGGUAGCUGUGGAAAUGUUGGAAUAGGAGAGGGACGGUGUGGAAUGGUGGAGAACCCUGUUAGAAUUGAGAAAAGGAUAGAUAAUAGAAAUGUUUCAACCCGAAAAGGUCACAAGAGAACCGAGAAUUACAAUGACAGGAAGAGAGAUGGAAAAGAGGGUAUUGAUGGAAAGCGAGAACGACUCUCUAGCUCUAGCUCGAAUGAUUUUCAACAGUCAAAAAUGAUAAAACAUUCUCAUCUCGAGAAGUCGCUUAGACAGGCGAUGCGAGAGCUGGAACACUCAUCAGAAAACUCUUCUGAGGAAGAGAAGAGAAAGGUUAGAAAGAAGAAGUUAGUGGAGUUUAAAAACAAGCAUGGUUUGGAUGUGAAAAAGAUGGAUGAAUCGGAGAAAAGGGAAAAAGUGCAACAGGUGAUGAGCAUGUUCAAUUCUACUGUGAGUCAGCAUUCCCCCGAUUCACGUGGUAACUCUCGUGGGGGCUCUCUGGAUAAUGUAUCACAGCAAAGACGCCAUUCGCCACAAACGUGUCCCGAAAUAAACGAACCGCAGUCCCCAAAGUCACCGCAGGAUCUACACAAGACAUUAAGAGAUGGUAUGAACAUUGUACCGGUAAAUCAGGGCCGUUUAGACAAAAACAUUAAGAAAGAUCAUAACAAGUUAAACAACAAAGAGUACCCAAUCAUUACUGCGAAGCAAGGAAAGUCUGUCAAAAAAAGAAGCAAAGGCAGGCUGCACGAGAUCGCUAAACGACUGACGCUAAUAAAUUCCGGUCACUCGUCGAGUAUUCGGCGAGGAUCGAACGUGAAAGAGAAAGGACACAAUAGGAUGGACGUGCGGGUACGGCAUGCAUCAUGCACGAGACCUGUUAAUGAUGAGUCAUCUAAAGGAAAUCGUAUUCGUCAGCGUUCUCCAGUUAAUGCAGAUGGUUCUCGUCAGCGUUCUCCAGUUAAUGCAGAUGGUUCUCGUCAGCGUUCUCCAGUUAAUGCAGAUGGUUCUCGUCAGUGGUCUCCAGUUAAUGCAGAUGGUUCUCGUCAUUGGUCUCCAGUUAAUGCAGAUGGUCCUCGUCAGCGGUCUCCAGUUAAUGCAAAUGGUUCUCGUCAGCGGUCUCCAUUUGAUGCAGAUGGUCCUCGUCAACGUUCUCUAGUUAAUUCAGAUUGUCCUCGUCAACGUUCUCUAGUUAAUUCAGAUUGUCCUCGUCAGCGGUCUCCAGUUAAUGCAGAUGGUUCUCGUCAGUGGUCUCCAGUUAAUGCAGAUGGUUCUCGUCAGUGGUCUCCAGUUAAUGAUGCAGAUGGUCCUCGUCAGUGGUUUCCAGUUAAUGCAGAUGGUUCUCGUCAGCGGUCCCCUGAUACCGUCAUGAAAAGAUCGCAAGCGUCCAACGAGACAACAGAUAUUACAAGACAUGUGAACAAAAGAACAACUGACACGGAAACUACUCGAAGGCGGUCUCCAGAAACGACCUUGAAAAGACCAAACCCGUCAAGCGGGGUGCCGUACGAGGGUGCAAAGAAGAGUAGAGAAAGCUUCAGCCAAGAGCGGCGAUUUGAAGUUCAUACGAAAAAUGUGAAAUUAGGCGAAAAAAGCGGUGUUCUCGUGACAUCUCUGGGAACACUGGAGUGUGGAGAAAGACCUUGUAAAACUGGUCCAGCUGAGAUUGCUCGACAAGGUCCCGGUGGGGAUGGAUAUCCAAAACAGGACCCCAAAAAGAAAGCCGACACCUCGCCAAGCUCUAGAACAGACGAGAGAACUAAGAACUUCAUGACAUCUGCUGGAAACCAAUUAGAUGAGGGCAGACCUCGGAUAUCCGGUCAUGCCGUGAAUGCUCCAAGGGAUUCUGGUCAAGGUGGAAUUCUCAAGACGGGAAACGAAACGCAACUGAGCGACGGCCGUCCAGUCAAGGAGAAAGGUUCCGUUUGCAACAGACCGGCAAAGAGCCCAUCCUCUGAUGGACACAGCCCUCCGUCUUCUGAUGGAGACAGCCCUUCAAGGAGCAUCUGGUCCGUGUUCCAAUGGUGAUCUAGGAGGCGGUCCGACUACGCUGUUUCUGGGCGAAGACUAGCAGAUCUGUAUUCAGUAUACAGAUGCCAUGUUACAUGGCUUGUAAAUAGUUUUAUUUAUACGUACUGUAGCAUUGAUUUUGUAGUGUUUUUUUUAUAGUUGGUCCGUUUCCGUGGGAUUUGUGGUCGAAGGUGAAUCAUCAUUAAGGCUUAUGAUUAACCUCCUGGUCUAGUAAAUCCCCACGGAUUCGGCUCCUUUUCAAAAUGUGUGUAGUGUAGAGUGAUUUUAUUCUGAUAUAACAGUAUUUUACUUGGAAUAAUAUCACCACCCAGCCGAUUCUAAACUAAACUACAUUUAACAAUAUAUAUUACUUAGAAUAAUAUCACCACCCAACCUAUAGAAACCCACGUGAAAAAUUGAGAUAUUUACUUAUGAAUUUCACUUGAAAGAAAAUAUAUAUAUAUAUUAGUGUUUUGUACAACAUAUUGUUUUCGGGAUUUUUAUUGAGUAAUUAUACUCGGUUUUUAAUUUAUUAUUACAGCAAAGUGUAUAUCUUGGUCGUUUCGAUUAACUAUUUAAUACAUAUUGAUUAUGAUUGUAUGAUUUAGUAUAGUUUUACUUCUGUACAGGAAUGUUUUAUUCAUGCACAGGAAUGAAGAAAUUGAAAUUUUUAAAAGUUUGUUAUUCAUAAGUAUAUCAAAAAAGUGGUGGAGGAACCGUGUAAGCAAAGUGUAAUGGUUGAAGUACCAUAACAAAAGAGAACAACGACAAUGUAUUAGUUCUAAAUAAGCUAAAGUAUAUUCUGUCCGUUCUAGAAAUUAGCUAUAGCUAUAAAGUGCUCAUUAUAUAGUAUUCAUAACUCCAAUCAUCCUUAACCUCCCUCGCCGGGGAUUUUAGGAGGUUGGUAUACGGCCAGCCUAAAACUCCUGCAGGGGGGUGGGGGCUAAAGCAUUCCCUGUUAUUAUGUAGUAGACUAGGCACAAACGGGGUUUAUCAUUUCCUGAUUUCGUGGACGCCUACUUCUAACAAGUGGUUUUAAAGAAGGCUAUAGUUUA